UCCCGUUCUGUCGAGCCAGCGCCAUUUUUUCAAUGCAAGACUUGGCCUGCAUAAAUUAUGUUCAUGACGUAGUGCAAAAGAGCAAAUUUGUGUUAAUUUUUAGGCACUUUUCUGCAGAUAAGGGGUUACCUUGGCUAUUAAGGUGCACUUGCUUCACCGGCACGACAGUUAACGGAAAGACGUCAUUAAAUAUUUAGUUGAAAAGAGAAGCAGCGCUUUCCCGAGCCUCCUUAUCAAUGCAAAUAGCUCUUUUGUGUGCAUUCGUAGCGCGCGUCGGAAGCUGUGAGAUGAAUUUUUAAUUAUGCAUAUUUAAAAGAAACUGUGGCAAAGCUCGCCGAAGGAGGAGAAAUAAAGAAAAUAUCCCACCUUUCAGCGGGUGGUACUGCAGAGCUGGUAACAUCCCCUUCAAUCAAUAUGCAGAAUCAUUGAUCUCCUCAGAGCUUAGACGUCAUCAUGGACACCGAGGAUCUCCCUGCAAACAAUGCGCCCCUUACUGUCAAUGAACAGCUUUUAGGUUCCUGCACUUUGAAAUUCCCAGCACAAGACGACCAGGUCAUCGUCAUGUCAGGUCAGGAGACCAUCCGUGUGUUGGAGGUGGAGGUGGAUACAGCCUUGUCGUCUUCAGGGGUUGAUGAGAAGGUGGAGUCAGGGGGUGAGGAGGGCGCUGGUCAGACCCUGGAUGCCGCUGAGGAGGGUCCGUUGGACAGUCCAGUAACCACAAGCGCUACUACACCUGUGUCUGUGGAGGUCUCAGCACCUGCAGUCCAGACUGCGGUCUCCACAGCCCCCAUCAGUGUGUCUCCAGCCCAGCCGCAGACCAGCGUACCCAUCACUGUCCAGGCCUGUCCACAGGUCCUGACUCAGGAUGGUUUGGCCUCUCUGAUGACUGGCAUGCUUGCCCAGCAGGGUUCUUUGGGUCAGCCCCUGCUCAUUCCUUUGAGUAUGGCCGGGUCUGUGGGUGGUCAGGGUGGUCUGGCUGUGCUCACCUUACCCACCGCCACUGUCGCCACCAUCCCUGGUCUCACGGCAGUCAGCCCUGCCGGAGGACUGCUGAAGCUGCCGUUUGCAGGACUGCAGGCUGCUACUGUGUUGAACUCUGUCCAGACGCAGCUGCAGUCACCUGCGCAGGCGGUCCUGCAGCCCCAGGUGUCUGCUCUGCAGUCCGUACAAGCGGCCCUGCAGCCAACGCAGGCCACGCCAGCCACCACCGCAUCUGUUGUGCAGAAGGUGUCAGAGCCUAGUGCCUCUGUCGCAACACUUCAGACUGCAGGCCUGUCCAUCAACCCUGCUAUUGUGAGUAGGGAACACUUCUGAUAUGAAUGUGUGAUUCAUGAUUUAGGGAUUAGUUGUAA